UGGAGUCGGGCGCCAGUGGUGUCACGGGGUGGUGGCAGCAUCACGUGGUGGUGGCCCCAGCUCAGGGCCCAGCCCAGGAAGCCCAAGAAGAGGAAGUUGGCUUUUGGUGCCUCGGGGCCGAUCAGGGGACGUGGGGACCCCCCAGCCCGCUGACACCAUGUCGCUGCCCUCCAUCUACCAACACAAAUUGGCGGAGAAGUUGACAAUCCUCAACGAGCGGGGUCGGGGUGUCCUCGUCCGCAUCUACAACAUCAAGAAGACCUGUUCGGACCCCAAGACGCGUCCACCCUUCCUCAGCGACAAAGGCAUGGAGGCUUCCAACAAGUUCAUCAACAAGAAGUUUCCUCAUCUGGACGUGCGGAGCAGUACGCAACACCUGGGGCCGGUGCACAAGGACAAGGGGGACAUUGUCCGGGCAUUGGGAUCCUUUUACCACACCUUCCUGGAUCUCCUGGAGUUCCGGGACCACGUCUACGAGCUGCUCAACACCAUUGAUGCCAGCCAGUGCUUCUUUGACAUUAACAUCAACUACGACUUCACCAAGAGCUACCUGGACCUGGUUGUCACCUACGUGUCCCUUGUUCUUCUCCUGGCCCGCACCGAAGACCGCCGGUUACUCAUCGGCAUGUACCACUGUGCCCACGAGAUGAGCCAUGGCUCCAGUGACCCCAGCUUUGCCCGCCUGGGUCAGAUGGUGUUGGAGUACGACCACCCCCUCAAGAAGCUGAUGGAGGAAUUUGGACCUCACACCAAGGCUGUCACCAGUGCCCUCUUGUCCCUCCAAUUCCUCUUCGCCCGGAGGAACCAAGGAGCCGAGCAGUGGCGCAGCGACCAGCUCCUCAGCCUGCUCAGCACCGCCGGCACCAUGCUCAGCCCCGCCAGCUCCGACACUAUGGCCUGCGAGUACCUGUCCCUGGAGGUGAUGGAACGCUGGAUCCUCAUGGGGUUCCUGGUGUGCCCGGGGGCGCUGAGCUCAUCUCCGCAGUGCCUGGAGCUGUGGCGACUGGCCCUUCAGGGCUCGCUCCACAUCACCCUUCUCCGCGACGAGACCCUCCAGGUCCACAAGGUCACCGAGGAGAUGCUCAGCAGCCUCAAGGGGUACGGGAAGAGGUUGGCGGAUCUCAAGGAGUGCAAGGAACACGCCGUGGCUCACAGCGGCUCCCUGCACCGGGGCCGGCGAGUGUAUCUGCGCGGGGCUGUACGGGAGCUGCAGGCGCUGCUGGAGGAUCAGCCGGGGCUGCUGGGCCCCAAGGCCCUCUUCGUCUUCAUGGCGCUCUCCUUCUGCCGGGACGAGGUGACCUGGCUGGUGCGACACGCCGAGCACGUCACCAAGACCAAGACGCCUGAGGACUUCUCUGACAACCACGUCGCGGAGCUGCUCUUUCUGAUGGAGCAGCUACGGAGCUUGGUGCGCCGACGGGUCUGGGUGCUCCAGCGCUACCACAUCCAGUACUUGGCUCGCUUCGACGCUCUGGUGCUCAGUGAAGUCAUCCAGAACCUUUCCGUGUGCCCUGAGGAGGAGUCCAUCAUCCUCUCAUCCUUCGUCAGCUCCCUCUCGUCUCUCACUGUCAAGGAAGUGGAUGAGAAGGACCAGUUUGAUUUCACACCGCUCCGCCUGGACUGGUUCCGGCUGCAGGCCUACACGAGCGUGGCUAAAGCUUCGCUACCGCUGUGCUCCAACCCCGACGUGGGUCGCAUCAUGAACCUCAUUGUCUUCCACACCAAACUUCUUGACUCCCUGGAAGAGCUGCUGGCCGAGGCCUCUGAUCUCUCCGACCUGUGUUUCUACCCUCGCCCCUUGGAGAAGAUGUUUGUGGUGACGCUGGAGGAGCCCUCGAUGCUUCGCUACAGCAUCGCCUUCCCCCUGCUCUGCAGCCACUUCUCCCGUUGUGUCCACCCCAUGUGCCCGGAGGAGCAUCCGCAUCUGAAGGCCGUUGCGUUGGGGCUGUGCAACAAGUUCCUGGAGGAGAUGGCCCGGCAGGCCAGCGCCUGCGUGAUGGAUGCCUGCGCCGAGCAGCACAACCUCAGUGAGCAGCUGCUGCCCAAGCACUGCGCCUCCACCGUCAGCAAAGCCCGCAACAAGAAGAUCCUGAAGCAGACGUCCAAGAAGGCAGAACCUGAGCGGAACAAGCCAGGAGCUGAGAGCCAGAGGAAAGAUCGGACCCUGACCACCAACAUGGACAAGCUGCAUCUAACGCUGUCUGAGCUGUCCCUGAGCCUCAACCACGUGCCCAACUUCAUGGUCUUCGAGCACACGGUGACGCCGGCCGAGUAUCUCAGCAGCUACCUGGAGACACGCUUCACCAAAGCCAUCGUGGCCAUGGCGGGCUACAGUCAAGCCACACAGGAGGUGGCCCGGCCUUCGGAGGUGCUGGUGGGGCUGAGCGCCUACGUGACCUUCAUCCAGUCGUUGGGGCAGUUCGUGGGCUUGGACACGGCGCGCAUCAUCCGCAGUGUCCUCCUGCAGCAGACGCAGCCCCGCGACGCCGCCGGCGAGCAGACGCUCACCACCAUUUACACCAACUGGUACCUGGAGGCCCUGUUGCGCCAGGCCAGCAUGGGGGCCAUCGUCCUGGCCCCUACCCUGCAGGCUUUCACCACGGUGCCCCGCGAGGGCGAGCCGCCCUUCAGCGCUGCCGAGUUCUCCGAUGUCUCAGAGAUGCGGGCGCUGGCUGAGCUUAUCGGGCCGUACGGCAUGAAGUUCCUGAGCGAUAACCUCAUGUGGCACGUGGGCUCCCAGGUCACCGAGCUGAAGAAACUGGUCAAUGAGAACAUGGACACGCUGGUCCAGCUGCGUUCCAGCUCCUACAAGCCCGAGCAGAUGGCAGCUCUUCUACCCCGGCUGACCUCGACCGAAAAUGUCCUGAAGCGCAUGACCAUCAUCGGGGAGAUCCUGAGUUUCCGUGCCAUGGCUCAGCAGGGUCUGCGGGAGGUCUUCUCCCACCACUGCCCCUUCCUGAUGGGUCCCAUCGAGUGCCUGACGGACGUUGUCACCCCCGACACUGACAUCCAGGUCACCUUGAGCAUCUUCGAGCUGGCCUCAGCUGCCGGGAUCCCCUGCGAGGUUGACCCUGCGCUGGUCAAUGUCCUUGCCGGCAGCAAGACAGAUGGCCCUUCUCCAGAGGAGGACUACAAGGUGGCCUGCCUGCUCCUGGUCUUUGUGGCCGUGUCCCUGCCCCUGCUGGCCUCCGACCCAGCGUCUGUCUACAACACCGAGGUGGACGGCUACAACAACAACAUCCACUGCCUGGCCAAAGCCAUCAUCCAUGUCUCAGCUGCCCUCUUCACCGUCCACAACAAGAACAUUGAGACCCAUCUCAAGGAGUUCCUGCUGCUGGCAUCCGUCAGCCUCCUGCAGCUGGGCCAGGAGACGGACAAGUUGAGGGCCAGGAAUCGCGACUCCAUCUCCCUGCUCAUGCAGCUGAUCGUGGCGGAGUCAUCCUUCCUGACGGUGGACAUGCUGGAGAGCUGCUUCCCCUACGUGCUGCUCCGCAAUGCCUACCGCGAGGUGUGCCGCGAGCACGCGCUCAGCAGGGGCCCCUUGCACUGAGCACUGCCGCCCCCCUCAAAUCGACCCACGCCGGGAACUCCAGGUCACCCCUCAACCACCACAGUGUCCCCAGCUGUCCCCUUCAAGCCCGGGAUGCCAUCACAGCAUCCCCAACCCUCUCCCUUCAAACACUGGUGGCAUCAACCCCCUCUGCAACUGCUGCAUGUCACCACAGUGUCCCCAGCUGUUCCCCUUCUACUGCUGGUGGUAUCAACCACCCCUUACGGUGGCUGGAUGCCACCAAGAUGUCCCCAACUAUCUUCCUUCAAACACUGGUGGCAUCAACUGUCCCUUUCAACCUCUGGAUGCCACCACAGCAUCCCUAACUGUCCCCAUCCUGUCCCCCACCCAUCGCUGCCUUCACUAAACCACUUUGUCCCCCAAAUGGCUGCGUCUGACUUGUGGUGGUGGUGGGAGAACUGAGGAACAGGCAAGGUGUGCUCGCAGUCCAGAAACCACCCGUGUCCUGGGCUGCUUCCAGAGCGGUGGGACCAGAUGGAGGGAGGGGACUCUGCCCCUCUGCUUUGGUGAGAUCCCACCUGGAGCCCUGAGUCCAGUUCUGGAGUUGCCCAAUGGAAGAAGGAGAUGGGACUGCUGGAGCGAGUCCAGAGGAGGCCACCGAGAUGAUCUGAGGGCUGGAGAACCUCCCGUAUGAGAACAGGCUAAGAGUUGGUGUUGUUCAGCCUGGAGAAGGCUCUAAGGGAGAACUUAGAGCAGCUUCCAGGACUGAAAGGGGCUUCAGGAAAGCUGGGAAGGGGCUCUUGAUCAGGGUAUGCAGGGAUACAAUGAGAGGGAACAGUUUUGAGCUGAAAGAGGGGAGAUUGAGAUGAGAUCUUAGGAAGAAAUGUUCUCCUGUGAUGGUGAGGAGGCCCUGGCCCAGGUUGCCCAGAGCAGUGGUUUCUGCCCCAUCCCUGGAGGGGUUCCAGGCCAGGUUGGAUGGGGCUUGGAGCCCCUGAUCCAGUGGGAGGUGUCCCUGCCCAUGGCAGGGGUGGGACUGGAUGGGCUUUGAGGCUCCUCUCAACGCAAACCAUUCCAGGACUCAAUGAUGCUAUGCCCCUGGGUGCCCUCGUGCCUCAGUUUCCCCUCACCCUCCUGUUUCAAGUCACGUUCCCCCCUGCUCCUCCUCCUUUCCCCCCAUCUCGAUGUGUUUAUUUUUCCUCCCGUGCAACGUCUUGGUGAAGGAUUAAUGGGGUGAGCGAAGGAGGCGACAGCGCGGCCGUUGCCAUUCCGCUCACGGCCGCCUGCUCCGGGAUGAGUCACCAGCCGUGCCGCCAGCGGGACCGGUGGCCACGGUGGCCACAAGCCCCCUUGGUAGAGCCCCCUUUUGGCACAACCCAAUGGUCCCAGGGCUCCAAGAAGCCAAAGGCUCAUGGGUUGACGAUGCCAAGGUACCGAGGCUCGAGGAUGGCGACGGUGCAGCCGCCUGGCACUAAUUGCAUUAUUAAUUCAUUUUGGGGGGGGGGAAAUUACUCUGGAAUGAGCUGCCCCCAUCUCCCUACCUUUUUUUUCCCCUCCGCCUGCGCUCCCAGGGGGCUGAACUCCCUCAAUUACCGCCCAGAACCUGCUGAUUAUUCCAGCUUGCUGCAAAAGUCUAUUUUCGCGCUCAUCAAUCACGCUACGAAGCGGCAACCGCGCCUUUGUCUCGCGCUUCAGCUCUGCCCACGGCCUCUCCCGCACCCACAACCCCCUUCUUGUGAGCCA